CCUCUCGCAAGAGGUCGCCUAGUCGCCCUUUUACCACCAACCGACCGCUGCUCACCCUUUUCGUGUUCUCGUCAUUCUUUUAUAUCCCGUUCGCUCUUUGCUUCUCUUUUUUCUGACUCUUGAAUUGCUUCGGACUGAAGGCCGGCCCUGUCUGAUUGAGAAACCCGUGCCUUAGUAGCCCUCCUAUCUCCCUUUCUUUCCAGGAUAACCAGUCUGAAUCACAGCUCCGUUAACAGUCAUCCACGCAAACAUCAUCUUCAUCAGCUCUUUGACUGCAUUGACCCUGCGUGGUUAGAUAUUGGGCAUCCUGGCCCUGACCUUGGUCCUUCAUCUUCUUCUCAAUCCCUUCAGACCCCUUCACAGUCCGAUGAUCUUCCAAGUCAUUCCCCACCCCAACACUCGUUUCCACCGGAUACAACCCCACCCGCUAGCCUUGGAGAUCUCCUACCACCGACUCCAGCAAACCCACGGCUCACCGGUCCCGAGCAUACCCCAACUUCCUCUCCUUUCAAGUGUGAUAUCUGCAGCCUCACUUUUCAGAAACUAUAUAAAUUCAAUCGUCAUAAGAAACGCCACGACAAACCCUUCAAGUGCACAGUCAACGGCUGCAGGUGGGCAUUCCAGUACCACAAGGACCUCACACGGCACUACGGCACGAAACACCCCGAUAUGGUCGAAGAGCCUCCAACAUACUUCUGUCCCGUUGAGGGGUGCAAAUAUAGCUUUGAACUUGGCAACGGGUCCUCCAGGAAGGACAAUCGUGAUCGGCACGUCGCUAGCCAUGCGAGGAAGGGCGAACUUUGAGUCAUCGCCUAUACAUUGUACACUCUCGUUAAAUUAUCGAAAUCGCUAUUGGAAAUCCUCCAUUAUCCAACGGGUUCCGACAUUAUAUACAUAUCUUCGUAUGGGGCGUAGAAGGCAGACUAUCCCAGUCGCAUAAGAUGCCUCUAGACUGGCAAACUAGCGUAUCCUAAGC